CGCGCCGCGGCCUUGGUUCACCACUUCACCUCCACGCCCCCCACAUCCCACCUCAUUCCACUCGCCUGCCUUCUCCCCACCCACACCUCCACCUCUCUUUCUCUCUCUCCUCGUCGCCGUCGGGGUUUAGUUAAUAGACCCCUAGCUGAGCUACGCCUGCGUUGCCAUGGCAGCCGCCGACGCUGACGCGGACGAGCUCGCCGCCGACAUCAUCUGCUCGCUCCGAAGGGCCAACCUCGCCGGGUGGACGCCGCCGUGGUGCAAGCAGGCGCCGUCGCCGUCGAUGGAGGGGGAGCUGAUCUGGCCGGCCGUGGCAAGGGGGAAGCGGUCGCGCCGCCGCUCGCCGUCGGCGGGGUCGGCGGCGACGGCCUCGGGGAAGGGGAGGUGGGCCCGGGCCAGCCCGGCGUCGCCUCUUGACUACAGCGGCGGCUCCGGCUCCGGCGCGUCCACCAGCGGCGGCGAGGACGGCGGCUUCUGCUCGCCGGGGAACCGCCGCGCGCCGGCGACUAAGGUGGGCUACAUCGGACGUCCGCGGUUGACCUUCAUGACCCCCGCUCCACGGCCCACCGGUCAGCGACCACGGAAGAAAAUUAGGCUUCCGGAGGUCCAGCAGCUGGUGCGGUCUCUUGCGGUGGAGAAUGAGAGCCUCCGCGAGGUGAUAAAUCAUUCUUUACUAAAUUCUUUUAGAGAAUAUUACGGGCCAGUUUUACUGAUUGUGAGAUUGUCAUUGGAUCUUGCUUGGCUAUGUAUGCAGGAGAUGCGGUCUUUGCAGAGAGCUUGCAACGUGCUGUCAAAAGAAAAUGACAAGCUUGAGACAAGAUUAGCGCAAUCGAACACGCAGAAUGGAAUCACAUCAAAAGAGCAGAAAGGAAAGCAGCCGUUUGAUCAACAGUCGGUUACGCAGUCAGACAGCUUUGCGCUACCAGAUCUCAACCUCCCUCCACAGGACACUGCCAAUGUAUCAUCAGUUCAUUGAUCGCUCCAGAUUACUGCAACUUUGUUAACCGAAUAACAAAGUGUACAUAGCGGAAGCAGGGUAGCAGGCUAGAUUGGGCAUCGCCACGUCAUCCUUGAAGAAUGACACAUAAUUGAUAAGUUGUUAGAUGACUACAGGGUUUAGUACCAUUAUAGUCCUAAGUGAUAAGCCACGUUGUAGCUAAAGCAAAGACUAAUUUGGCUCCUUGACGUUGUUUUGCCUAGUGCAUCGGAGCUGAAGCUAGUUUCAGCUCAAACUGCAGUGGAUUUAGAUUAAUUUAUUCAUGUUAUUUUGUUCAAUUAAGUGAAAUGUUACAUGUUAAGAUGAUGUCUGUGAGAACACUGUUACUUAUUUCUGUCUGGUUUGUGGGUCUAUGGUUCCUCCAGUUACAACUAAAGCAGAUUUGCCUAUCAGGUAUCCGAGAUUUAUACUC